UAUGAUUCUUUCCUCCACAAGUCUGCACCCCAACAGCCCAACCCCGCUGACUCUCUUCGCCUCUCGCCACUGUGUAAAGCCUGUAAUCUUGGGUCUCGGAACCCGCGCUCCACAGACAUCUCAUCGACAAGGUGGUAGAAAAAUCGAACUUGCCUGUAUGAUGCUGGAAUAGGAGAGUUACCCCCUAUUACCCCACCUCUCCAUUUUCCUCCCCCGUACCAUGACCACCUCAACGCACGAUGGCCACCAAAUUGAAGAGAGCUACUCCAAAAGCACCAUCUCUGCAAACUGGCGCUCAAAGUUGAUGAACAGAGUCCUGCAGGCGCUAUUGAAUCUGACUCCUGCAUUCUUCUCCCUUACCAUGGGUACAGGCAUCGUCUCGAUACUAUUGUACGACUUUCCCUUCAGCGCACACUGGCUCCGAGUGCUUGCCGUCGUGAUAUUCGUGUUCAAUGUUGUCCUCUUCCUCGUUCUGCUAUUCGCCAAUAUCGCGCGAUUCGUCAUAUGGAAGGGGCUGUUUGCUGCUACAUUGACGCAUCCGGUGGCUAGCAUGUUCUGGGGGACUCUUCCUAUGGGUCUCAUAACCCUCGUCAACAUGACUGCUCUUUCAUGUGUACCUGAUGGUGGCAUUGCAUGGGCUAGACUGGCUCUGGGAUUAUGGUGGAUCGACAUUAUUCUCUCGGUGGUCAUCAACCUGGGCAUAGUAUACAUCAUGUUUACUCGCCAGAGACACACUCCAGAAACCAUGGCUGCCAUAUGGCUGCUCCCUAUCGUCUCCUGCGUCGUCGCCGCUGCCUCUGGCGGGGUCGUCUCCAACGCCAUCAUGCCCUACAUGCCCCAACUCGCGCGGUCCACCGUCAUUGUCGCCUACAUCAUCUACGGUAUCGGCGUCCCCCUGGCAAUGUUUGUCAUAACCAUCUUUCUUCAUCGCACUGUCGUAUACGGCUUUCCCGCACCUGCGACUCUUACGACACUGUACUUGCCUCUGGGUCCCUGCGGCCAGGGAAGUUUCGGCAUGGUGGUCCUGGGAAAGACUGUGCGUAAGCUGGCAUACGAGUAUGAUAUUGGGUUCACUAUCGCACCCGCGGGUGCGCUUUCGAGUGAGAUAGCAUCCGGCGCGAUGAGGAGGGUGGCGGACGCCAUCUAUGCAGGAGGUAUCAUCACGAGCCUAAUCUUGUGGGGAUUGGGAUUCUGCUGGUAUGUGUUUGCGACCACGUCGCUGAUCGACCACUGGUGGCAUGAGGAUAGGUCCUACUUUGGCCGACAAUCGUUCAGCGUUGGCUUUACGGCAUUGACAUUCCCCAUCGGAGUGUGGGCGACUGCUUCGACGGCGCUCGCGAUAGAGCUCGACUCUUGGGCUUUCAAGAUCAUCGGCGCGGUCGUUUCGCUGCAAGUCGUCUUCAAUUGGAGCUAUGUCAUGGUGUACACGCUCUACAAAGCGUACGACGGGACGAUCUUUGUUGCCCCUGAACUGUCACAGUUUGUCGACAAGACACCGUCAUUGAGAUGGGAGUCUCGCAGUGAGAGGGACAAGGAGAUUGCAAGGGAUCAGCGGGGUAUCGGGUCGUACCGCGUAUAAUGGUGUUUGAGAUAUGACAUGUUGUAUGUACAUCUUAGGGCGUGGAAGGAGAUUGCUCCCUGGUCGCGACGGUGGGGGACAAUAACGAGAAGAUUGAGGGGGGUGCCUGGCUGACGCGGCAAGAUGUGCGGGCAGUGUGCGUUGUGCACGGGCGUGUUGUGCAUUGUUUUCUG